UUCCUCCCCUUUUCCAUUCUCCUCUGCUCUUCUUCCGCCAUGGCUUCUUUCUCUCUCCUCUGCAUUUUUUCUUCUCUCUCCUCCCUCUUCCUCCUCUCCCACGCCAGAAUCCCCGGCUCCUACUCCGGCGGCCCCUGGCAGGACGCUCACGCCACCUUCUACGGCGGCAGCGACGCCUCCGGAACUAUGGGCGGCGCGUGUGGGUACGGGAAUCUGUACAGUCAGGGCUACGGCGUCAACACGGCGGCGCUAAGUACGGCUCUGUUCAACAAUGGCUUUAGCUGCGGCGCUUGCUUUGAGAUCAAGUGCGUUAAUGAUCCCCAAUGGUGCCAUUCCGGUAGCCCUUCUAUUUUCAUUACAGCUACCAAUUUCUGUCCCCCCAAUUUUGCUCUUCCCAACGACAAUGGCGGCUGGUGUAACCCUCCCCGCACUCAUUUUGACCUCGCCAUGCCUAUGUUCCUCAAGAUCGCCGAGUACCGUGCCGGAAUCGUCCCCGUCGCUUACCGCCGGGUGCCAUGUAGAAAACAAGGCGGAAUCCGGUUCACAAUUAACGGUUUCCGUUACUUCAACUUGGUUUUAAUCACGAACGUCGCGGGUGCAGGGGAUAUCGUGAGGGUGAGUGUGAAAGGAUCGAGUACGGGUUGGAUGAGCAUGAGCCGUAACUGGGGGCAAAAUUGGCAAUCCAAUGCUAUUUUGGUGGGCCAGAGUGUUUCCUUCCGGGUCACGGGCAGUGACCGUCGUACCUCAACCUCAUGGAACGUGGCACCUUCUAAUUGGCAGUUCGGCCAGACCUUCACGGGAAAGAAUUUCCACGUCUGAAAUUCCCUCUCCCUUUUUUCGUAAAUUUUCCCACAGUUUUUUCCCUUUCUAUUUACCCGGGAAAUUUUUUAGUAGUGGGGCCGUAAAAGUUAAAAUAGGACGGUUAAAAACACAGCUACUUCAGAAAGUGUGUCUAGGUGUAGGAAAAGUUGCGGAGGUGUGGUAACUGGCAGAUUACCUUUUUUAUUUGAUUUAUGAUAGGUAGCAGCGGUGAAUUUAAAAAUUACCGCGGUGGAAAAGAGUGUAGGGGUGGCUGAAGCGGCUGCAAAUGAGAAAUGUGUAGCCCGCAGCUUUUUAUUACUACAUACAGUAAAGCUGUUGUUAUGUUAUUUGGAGUUACCCACAAUUAUCUUGAAUUCAGUGUAAUUUUGGUAGAUUUGAGGGUCUUUUUUGAAAUUACAAGAAAGUUG